AUGGUAGACACAGCAAGGCUUUUUGCCAGAUAUGGUGCUAGUGUUACCAUUAUCACUACCCAUGCUAAUGCUUUGACAUUCCAAAAGGCCAUAGACAGUGACUUCAAUUGUGGAUACCAAAUCAGAACUAAAGUGGUUCCAUUCCCUGCAGCCCAAGUUGGUCUCCCUGAUGGGGCUGAAAACCUCAAAGAUGGCACUUCCCCAGAAAUGAUUGGUAAAAUCUUUUAUGGAAUGUCGAUGCUCCAAGGUCAAUUUGAGCCUCUGUUUCAGGAUCUUCAACCAGAUUGUCUUGUAACUGAUGUGCUUUAUCCUUGGACAGUUGAAUCAGCUGAAAAACUAGGCAUUCCAAGGCUUUACUUUUACAGUGCAAGCCACUUUGCAAGCUGUGCCACUCAUUUUAUCAGAAAGCAUAAGCCUCAAGAGAGAUUAGCGUCUGCCACACACAAGUUCUCAAUUCCUGGCCUUCCACAUAAUAUUGAGAUGACCACCCUACAGCUAGAACAAUGGGUAAGGACUAAGGAUGAAUUCGCAGAUUUGAUGAAUGCAGUAUAUGAAUCAGAGAACAGAAGCUAUGGAACACUGUGCAACAGUUUUCAUGAACUUGAAGGUGAUUAUGAGCAUCUUUAUCGAAGUACAAAGGGGAUCAAGUGUUGGAGUGUAGGACCAGUUUCAGCCUGGGCUAACAAAAGUGAUGAAGAAAAAACCAAUAGGGGAAACAAGGAGGAUCUUGAGCAAGAUUCAGCGUGGCUAAAUUGGCUCAACUCUAAGCAAAAUGAGUCUGUACUUUAUGUAAGUUUUGGAAGCCUCACUAGGCUCUCUAAUGCUCAGAUUGUUGAAAUUGCUCACGGGCUCGAAAAUUCUGGCUGUAGUUUCAUCUGGGUUCUACGAAAAAAGGAUGAAAAUGAGAGUGGAGACGUUUUCCUUCAAGAGUUUGAGGAGAAGAUGAAAGAAAGCAAGAAGGGUCAUAUCAUAUGGAACUGGGCACCACAACUUCUGAUAUUAGACCACCCUGCCAUAGGAGGAAUAGUGACUCACUGUGGUUGGAAUUCCAUUCUUGAAAGUGUGAGUGCUGGAUUGCCAAUGAUCACAUGGCCAAUGUUUGCAGAGCAAUUUUACAAUGAGAAGCUGUUAGUUGAUGUGUUGAAAAUUGGUGUCCCAGUGGGAGCUAAAGAAAACAAGUUCUGGACAAGCCCAGGCAAGGAUGCAUUGGUGGGAAGGGAAGAGAUUGCAAAGGCUAUUGUACAGUUGAUUGGGAAAGAAGAGAACUCAGAAAUGAGGAAUAGAGCAAGAAAACUUGGUAAUGCUUCCAAGAAGACUAUAGAGGAGGGUGGAUCCUCUUACAACAACUUGAUGCAGUUGUUGGAUGAGUUAAAAUCAUUAAAGGCAUCUAAAGCCAUUGAGAAAACAAACUUGAAAAUUUAA